GCCCCAUUUGCCACUAUUUGCCUCCACCCACUUCUCAUACAUCUCUCUCUCUCUCUCUCUCUCUCUCUCUCUCUAAACUCUCCUCUUCUUCUUUCUCCUCCGCUCCCAAACUCUUUUGUUGCGAAAAAACCACAUUUAUUUUUAUUUAAUUUAAUUUUUCCCACUUUAUAGAAAAAAGUUCACCUCCUUUUUGUACGCCCCGUGCAACUCGAUCCCUUUUUUCAUGCACGUUCCAGCGCGGAAAUCGACGGCCGGGAUUUGAUCUGAUCGCCGCCGCCGCCGCCGCAUGGACGGCUACUACUACAGCAGCGACUCCCCCGACGACGCCGCGGUCCCGUCACCCCCCGGUGAACCCAAACCCACUUCUCACCCCCCUCCUCCUCCGACCAAGCGCAGCCGUCGAUCGGUCCAGAAGCGGGUGGUGUCGGUGCCGAUAGCGGAGGCGGAUCCGUCGCGGGGCAAAGGCGCCGGCGAGUCCGGCCCACCGUCGGAUCCGUGGGCCUGGCGAAAGUACGGCCAAAAGCCCAUUAAGGGCUCCCCCUAUCCCAGGGGUUACUACAGAUGCAGCAGCUCUAAAGGGUGCCCCGCACGGAAGCAGGUGGAGCGGAGCCGGGUGGACCCCACCACGCUGGUGGUCACCUACUCCUUCGAUCACAACCAUCCGUGGCCGGCGCCGAAGAAUCCGCACCGUCCGAGUUCGAAGCGCCCGGCCCGGGCCGGGGAGGAGCGCGAACCGGAAGCGGGCCGGGCCGGGCCGGACGAACCGGAGGAGGAGGAGGAGGAGGAGGUGGGGGCGCGGGGGAGGUUCGGGGACUUGAUGAUCGGCGCGGAAUUCGAGUGGCGCGCCGAGGAGGAGGACGAGGCGGCGGUGCUGCUGUACGGGCCGAUGUACGGCGCGGCGCUGCUCCCCGAGGAGCGCGGAGACUCGGGGCGGCGCGCCGAGGAGGAGGACGCGCUCUUCGCCGGGCUCGGCGAGCUCCCCGAGUGCGCCGUCGUGUUUCGCCACCGCCGCGGCUUUGGCCCGGAGCCGGAGCCGGAGCCGGAGCCGGAGCCGGAGCCGUGGAGAUCGAUGAAUAGCUAAAUCGUCCCACACGCCAAAAAAGAAAAAAAAUAAAAGAAAAAAAAAGAAGCGCGGGGUGCGUGCUCUUUGGGGGGCGAUUCAUAGCCGUUGAUCAUCAUCAGGCGUGUUGUGCGCCGUACGAUUUCUAAUUAACUUUAUUUUCGGUAGUUUUUUUUUU